UUUGCUUGUGGCCACCGUGAUGGCCACCUCCUGUGUCAAGGCCAAGCCAGUGGUCUCCUUUGGGGUCAGCUACCACCAGCCGAGCUACCUGGGACCUGGGCCAGGACCCUACUACGACAACUACUACGGGAGUCCGUACCAAAAUGGCGCAAGCUUCUACUACCAGAACGGCCCGGUCCCCUACCGAUAUCCCUAUAGUCCUGGCAGUCGCUACGGAGCUCUCGACGUUGGAAUUGGCGCCUUGUCACUAACCCCGUUCCUGCUUUGAAAUACAUUUUAAAUC